AUAGGUUAUGUUUCGAUUUUGGUUGCUACGGCAAAAUUAAUUUCAUCCAAAUAUUUUACAAAUAAAAAGUUGAAGCAAUUCAUUCUUGCAGAUUAUUGCAUAUAAACCACGUAAAACUACACAAAGAAAUACAAUAAAACUGAAUUUCGGUUUAACCCUGGUAAACGGCGACGCCGGCGAACUGAAAGCGCUUCCGAUUCUCAGAUCCCCUUUCACUUUCUCUUCUACUUCUCGCCGACGAGGCAUCCUCCGGUGACGGGAGUAUACUGACCGGCGAUCGAGAUCUAUUUGUUCUUCUGCUAUUAACGAUCAACUUUCAGAAAUGAUUAUUUACCCUUCAUAUGUCAAAGUUUGACAACUAUGGUCUUCCUAAAUCCCAUGGAACAAACAUUCCACACGAAGAUGAUAUUCCACGAUUCGAUCGAGGAACAAGAGAUCAUGCUUCACUUCCUCCUCCUCCUCCAAUUAUUCUCCCUAACCCACAAGAUCGAAGAAUUGAAAGGUUCAAUGUCACUAAAGCCCUAUUGGAAAUGAAACAUGAAGAUGGUAAACCCGUGUGUGCCCACAUUCUAGGAAUGAAAUCACACAUCGAUAGGUUGAUUAUGUUGGGUGCGUCAUUCCCUGAUGAGUUGGCUAUAGGCUGGGUUCUACAGUCACUCCCUGAAUCAUAUAAUGAGUUCAAAAGAAAGUAUUAUAUGAUGGAUCAUGACGCAAACCUCAUUGACCUAACUUACAUGCUCAUUGCUGCUGAAUCAGAAAUGAUUUGGCAAAGCAAUGGAGCAUAUUUGUUGGGAAAGUCAACCAACCAUGCUUCCGAGGACGUUCUAGGAGAACCGAUCUGCGUUUGCUGCCAAGAGAAAGGGCGUUGGAUACAAGUCUUCCCUAAGAGCCUGAAGAGUCCAGAAGAUAGGAGAGUAUGGCUGUGCUUCAGGAUCAGUGAAAAGAGAGGAAGCUUGAUGAAAGAGCAAGAUGAAUCUAAUCUCGAAGAAAUGGAUCUCGAUCGCAUGGAUUUGAAGAUUAGAUUUUGAGCUUAGAAAGUUAUGAUAGAGUUGUUAGAAAAUUUUCUUUUGACUACAUAGUUUACAGUUGAUUUUGCAUUGUAAGGACAAAU